AUGGCGUCAGCAAAACUCAUCCAGCAGGGCCCUUUCUCCCACAUCAUCAACGGAAAGCCAUAUGACCAGAAAAAUGCAAAGACGUUGGAUGUGAUCAAUCCCGCGACCGAGGAAAAAGUUGCCUCCGUCCCCAUUGCGACCCGCGAGGUGCUUGAUGAAGCCGUUGAGCAUGCCCAGAAGGCUUUCGAAUCUUGGUCCAAGACAACAUGGCAAGAGCGUGCGGAGAAGAUCAAGGCUGUGGGCGAGGAGUACAAGACCCUUAUCGGCGACCUCGCUGAGCUGCUGGUCCUUGAGCAAGGCAAAGCUACUUCAUUUGCUCAGGGUGAGGUGGCAGCCGUCAAUGAGUGGUUCGAACUGCUUCUCAUGAUUUGGAAGAUCAUCCCCGCCGUCCUCGCCGGUAACACCAUCAUCAUCAAGCCAUCGCCUUUCACACCGUUGUGCGACGUCCGAUGCGUCGAGCUGUUCAACAGACACUUGCCGCCCGGUGUUGUGCAGAUUGUGCUGGGCGACGACAAUCUGGGCCCUUGGGUUACGGAGCACCCAAAGAUCCGCAAGAUCUCCUUCACUGGCAGCACGGCGACAGGUAAGCUGGUGGCCAGGAGCUGCGCUGCGACCUUGAAGCGCAUGACGCUCGAGUUGGGCGGCAAUGAUGCUUGUAUCGUCCUCCCAGAUGUGGAUGUUGCGAAGGUCGCACCAACUAUCCUCUUCAGCGCUUUCUUCAACUCCGGUCAAGUGUGCCAUGCAGCUAAGCGUAUCUACGUUCACGAGGAUGUCUACGAGAAGCUUUCCGGGGCACUGGUCGAGGCGUCCAAGCAGGCUGGUGUCGGACCAGGUCAGAACGAAGGCGUAAUGUUUGGCCCACUAAACAACAGACAGGUCUACGAGAAGGUCAGCGAGUUCUUCGCCGACUCGGAAAAGAACGGUCACGACUUCUUGGUCGGCGGGAAGAUCCCCGAAGGCCCAGGCUUCUUCGCACCGCUUACUCUCGUCAACAACCCUCCCGAGAAUAGCCGUCUUGUGCAGGAAGAGCCUUUCGGACCAAUCGUUCCAUUGUUGAAGUGGAACGAUGAUGACGAUAUCAUCAAGCGCGUCAACGAUUCUUCUUGGGGUCUGGGUGCUACCAUCUAUGGUAAAGACUUGGCUCGUGUUGAGAAGCUGGCCCGUCAAGUCGAGGCUGGUGUCGUUUGGACCAACACGAUGAUGCAGCAGCAUCCGGAGGUUCCAUUUGGCGGUUUCAAGUCCAGCGGUGUUGGCUGCGAGAAUGGCGAAGCGGGUCCUCAGGGCUGGUGCCAGGUGCGCUUUUUAUACGAUCUCGUUGCAUUUACGAACUACAGCAUGCUAGGUGCGUGUGUUGUGGAUUAGUUAGCACUGCUAAGUGCUAAGGCCCAAUUUCCUAGUAAUAUAUAUAGCCUCUAGCUUAGACAGAAACUUAAUUCCUUUCCUUAUAU